UUGUCAAGAUCUAGGGUUUCCUUCCUAUCUCCUCUUUUUCCACAAAAACUGCAGAACUCAUCUUUGGUUGGUCUUUUCUCUAUUUGAUGAAUUUUCAUUUGCCAAUUUCGAUGCCUUGUUUCUUCUAAACAAGAGUAAAUUUCUUUUUUUCCCUUUUCCUGUCUUCUGCCAUGGACAUGGAGUACGACAAGAGAAGCUGCUUGAUUUCACUUCUGAUGAGAGUGGCCCUAAUCCCUAGCUAAUUCAUUUUUAGUUCUAGAAGGAGAGAGAGAGAGAGAGAGAGAGAGAGAGAGCCAAAAAGGAAAAUGGUGGGAAGUGACCAAAGUGGAUGCUCAGAGACAAAGGCCUCAAGACAAAAUCAAGAAGAUGAGAGUGGAAGUGGAGAGAAUGAUGGAGAUGAAAGUAUGCCCAAAAAUGGAGCAAGUUCAAGCAACAGCACAGUUGAAGAGAGUGACAAGAAGCCUUCAGUUAGGCCAUAUGUUAGAUCCAAGAUGCCUAGACUUCGAUGGACGCCUGAACUUCAUCUUUGCUUUGUUAAAGCUGUUGAAAGACUUGGUGGUCAAGAUAGAGCUACUCCUAAGUUGGUUCUUCAACUGAUGAAUGUUAAUGGACUUAGCAUUGCUCAUGUCAAGAGCCAUCUACAGAUGUACAGAAGCAAGAAGAUCGAUGACCCAAGUCAAGUCAUGGCUGAUCAUAGGCAUCUUAUGAAAAGUGGAGAUCGUAAUAUUUAUAACCUUAGCCAACUUCCCAUGCUUCAAGGAUACCAUCAACGCCAUGCUUCCAGCUACAGAUAUGGAGAUGCUUCUUGGAACGCUCGAGAAAACUUUGUUUAUAAUUCUCAUAUGGGUCGGUGUUUAAUUGACGAAUCAAGACAAAGAUUCUAUGGAACAGUAGCUGAAAGGAUCUUUGGAGGCAACAGUAGAAACUGGAGCAGUAAUUGCAAUUUCCAAACAGGUUCUUCCUCUUUUAAUACUGCACAUGCACAGUCUACUUGGAAAAUAGAAGAGCUGAUGAAAGGCGAAUUAGGAUCAUCGGGAAAUCACAACUUUUGGCAACCCCAACCAAGUUCAAGCUUCAUUACAGACGGGCUCAACCCUACAACUAAACUUCAAGCCAAAGUAGAGGAAAGUAAUUAUGCUACUCGUUUCAAUAUGAAAUCGCCAUCAGCAACUAAUCCGCAAGAGAUGAAAUCAUCGGCGAAGAGGAAGGCCAUAGAUUGUAAUGUUGAUUUGGAUUUGUCGCUAAAGUUAACACCAACAACAACUGAUGGUAGCAGACGGCGGCGUAGUAUGGAAGAAAGUGAAGUUGAUAGUGAGUUAUCUUUAUCUCUGUAUUCACCAUCAUCAUCCUCAAAGCUUAGCAGAUUUAAGAGAGGCCGAGAGGAUGAAGAUACUAAUAAAGAGCACGCAAAAAGGGCAAGUACUCUGGAUCUGACUAUAUGAAUGAGACAAUAUUCUAAGUGAGAUCCUGAGGUACUUGUCCAAAACAACGCACUUCAUCAUUGUCUUUUUCAUUAAUUACUACUACAAUACAAAUUAAUAGCCACCCACUUCUUUCCAA